ACUAAUCAACGGUUUAGAUUAAAAAUGAAAAUCAGAUUGAGAAACUAUUCAUCUUCUUCUUCAACGAGAUCCUCACUUCUUCCUUUCACAUUUCUUCCUCUCCGUCGCUGACUCCAUCUCUCCAUCGCCAAACCCAUCUCUUUAUCUCUCUGUUACUGUGUCUCCAUUCAUUCUUGCCGAAAAAACAAACUUGUAAACCCCUUUGUAAUCGAAAAUGAUUAUGGAGAAUUUGUACACUAACCCAUAAACCCUGUAACAAACAAACCCUUCUUUUCCCUUCGAAACCGACAACACCAGCACCUCAUUUCAUCAAUGACAUGAACCCAUUAUCAACCUUCAGACACACAAUCUUCCAAUCAACAACAAUCUCAUUCUCACCCUUUUUCCUCUUCAACCAAAAACGAUGGAAAAAACCCACCAUUUCAGCUCAAACCCGUUUGGAGGAUCGAGUAAGAGACACCCACUUCGACAAAUUAACAACCCACUUCAAAAAACUCAAUCUUGUUCUCAAAAUCCAUAAUCUCAUGUCAAAUCGAAAACGAGGUUCUUUUGUUUCUCUUCAGUUAAUGUCCCGUUGGAGAAACAUCAUUGGACUCAAUGUUACUGUUACUUCAUUUCUUCAAAAGUAUCCUCAUGUUUUUGAUUUGUUUGUUCACCCUUUUAGGAGGAACAUGUGCUGUAGAAUCACUAGGAAGAUGAAGGAGUUGAUAUUGUUGGAAGAUGUUGUUAUGAAACAACAUGAGAUUGAGGUUGUUAAAAGAGUGAAGAAGUUGCUUAUGAUGUCUUUGAAUGGUACUCUUCAUGUGCAUGCGUUGAGGUUGAUUAGAAGAGAAUUGGGUCUUCCUUGUGAUUUUAGAGAAUCCGUUUUUGGGAAAUAUAGUGAUGAGUUUAGGUUGGUUGAUUUAGAGACUGUGGCUUUGGUUGGUUGGGAUGAUGAAUUAGGAAUAGCUCAUGUUGAGAAAUGGAGGGAGAGAGAGUAUAGAGAGAAAUGGUUGAGUGAAUUUGAGACCAAGUUUGCAUUUCCUAUAAAUUUUCCAACUGGGUUUAAGAUUGAGAGAGGGUUUAGGGAAAAGUUGAAGACUUGGCAAAGGCUUUCUUAUACAAAGCCUUAUGAAAGAAAAGAUGUCAAAUGUGGCGGGGCACAACGAUAUGAGAAGAGGGCUGUUGCUGUUAUUCAUGAACUUUUGAGUUUGACUGUGGAGAAAAUGGUUGAGGUUGAUCAAUUGGCUCAUUUUCGAAGGGAUUUUGCUAUUGAAGUUAAUAUGCGCGAGCUACUGCUAAGGUAUCCGGGGAUAUUUUAUAUAUCUACAAAGGGAAAUGCUCAAACUGUUUUUCUUAGGGAGGCUUAUGAAAAAGGAGGGUUGGUUGAGCCUAAUCCGGUGUAUGCAGUUCGUAGGAAUAUGUUGGAACUUGUGUUAUUAGGGCGUAGGAAAACCAAACAAUUGUUAGCUUGUGAUGAAUUUAAGGAAGAGAGCAAUAAUGUAGUAUGUGAAGUAGAUGGGAAUGGUAAAAGAGAUGGUGAUUGGGCGAUUCCAUUCUUGGAGAGUUCUGAGAAGAAUUGAUCCCCAUGAUAUUGUGAAGGUAGCAGAAGCAGCCUGUUUGGAGAGUUUGCUGAUUAGUGUUUUGGUUGUUAACACGACAAGUACUAUCUCAUCAAUAGAAAACACACAAUCAGGAGCAAUAGUCAAGUAUGAAUACAAAGGGACAAGUGAAGAUCCUGAUCUGACGACACGAGCGACAGUAACAAGAGAGAUAGAGGAAGAGUCGGUGAUUGGAAUGGAUGAGGUUCAAGCUCGCCGAACUAGAGAAAGACUUGGCCUUCCACUAAGACAAUAAAAUCUCCAAUCUAGCAAAUGUUUGGCAUUAGAAAAGAUUCAUCAAUAUCUUUUUCGAACACAGUUUGCUGAUUUUGGAAUUUGAAUCCAAGUAGCUGAUUACAAGAUCAACAAGCUCACCUUUUUCCAAGAGUCAUGUUGUGCUGGGAUUGUAGGAAUUUAAAAAUUAAAAGGGAUCAUUUGUAUUUAAUUUUUUUAUGAUUGGAAAUUGAAAGUUCUGCAAUCACAUGCACUGCAACUGAACAAUCCCUCUCUCUUUGUAUUUAACUUGGGGAUUUUUCUGGGUUUGGUAAAGUCAGGGUUUGUAUAAAACAAGGCAAUAGGCAUUAGCAUAGAUUGAAGCAAAAAGCAACAAAAUCAUGUAAAAAUGGAGAUGAGAAAUCUGCACUAGUGCCAAGCCCAAGCGGCACAAAAUUCUUCAAAUAUUAGCAAUAAUGUAGCUUGAAAAAUCCCUCAAUUCAUUGUAAAGUGUAAAACAUUAACAAAUAAAAGAUAAUGAGUUGAAAAGUGUGUUAGAGAUUGUAAUGCUAAUAUUUUUCUU